CAUAGACCUCCAUAGAAAAAUGUGUAUUACAAUGUUUUGCAUACAAUUUAUUUUAUUGCACUAUAAACUAAUUUUUCUUAAUGAAGAAUAUAAAAAUAGACUUUUGAAGAUUGUUGUUUCUUCCAUUUGUUUUUGAUGCAAAAAUGUCCAGUUCCUAAAAAAAAUUGUGUAAAUAAAACAAAAAUAAAUUUAAUUUUCCUCUAAAGUGAAUUUAAUGAGAAUGUAAUGAGAUGUUGCUUGGCUUCAAUCAGAUGUUGAAAUUGAGUGAGGCAUUUGAUAUGACAAUGUGCAUGUCAUCUCUGAUAUCUAAAUUAUUUUGAUUUUUUUAUUUUGAUGCAACAAGUGCUGACAACCAUGACUGACAAAGAAGAUGAUACCAAAUGGGAUCAGAACUCCCAUAUUUUGCUUUAUUAGAAUAAGGACACUUGUGACAAGAACAUCAGAAUUCUCCAAAACUCUUCAAGUUGAAUUCAUUAGCAUCAUUUGCUGCUUUGGCAGGAUUUGUAUCACUAAUGUUAUCUAUACCAGCAAGGAAAGAACUAUAAAUCCAUAGUUCAAUUUUAAAGUGUCUGAGCAGAAAUAACUUUCAAAAGAGUUCUGCAGAAUUUCCACAUGUUUGCAGAUACCCGUGGAGAAUCUGUCAAUAUUUUGUCUGCAGCUUGUAGAAGUGCUUCCUUCAGCAAUUGAAAGUUGAUAUAGUUGUCUACUUCCAAAGUUCUUUCAGAAUGACAACUUGGCCAAAAGAGUUCAUUUGUUUUUUUAGCUGCAUCUACAAUGAUGACUAAAAGGCCUUGAACAAUAAGAUAUGUCUUAUUCAGUUGGCUGAAAAUAUCUGCUAAUGUUAAAAAGUGAACAAACUGCUCUUUAUCAAAACUGUUGAUAUAGGGCUUUUCUUCUGUCUCAAAAAAAGUUGCCUGAUGUUCAACGAACUGCUUCAAGACUUGUCCAAUAGAAGCCACAAACAUCUGUGUAUUAGAGAAGAACUUCUCAUUCUGCUCCUCUGUCUUGACAAAGCUUCUUGGAAAGCUGCCCAGAUUAUUCCAGUUCAGAUGGAAACUCAAAAAGGUUCACAAACUUUUAAACAUCCCUGUAUAAAGCACUUGAGUUAAUGUUCUAGCUUUAAAACAGGGGUGUCAUGAAGCAGUAAUUUUUUUUUUCUUUUCUUUUGCUGACGUGGAGAAAAAAUGGCACUGAUUAUUGUUUGAAAGCUGUGAAGUUAUCUGCGUUCUCUGUGGAGUGACUAUGAAUUACAAGCUGUUGAGAAAUAAAUUUUCGAGUGCAAAAUAAGUCGCUUCGGCUUCAAUUAAAAAAUUGCUGUCCCUUGAUCUUCAUUAAGACCCUCUGCAAAAGUAAUUUGAAAUACUAGUUUGAAAACUUUUUAAAAUGACUCAACAACCUUCAGAAAUGCAGCAAGUUGCUGCGGCUUUAAACAAAAUUGGGGAAAAAAUAGCAGGAUUAUCGGAGCGUAUGGAUAAUUUGACAUUGGAAAUGAAAAAAAUGAAACAAGAAAUGAAUGAAAAUUUUGCAAAACAAACAGUGGAAAUGACAAUUAUUAAAGAUGAACUUGAGCAGAUUCAUGUACAUGAUGCAAAAGUGGAUCGGCAAAUUGGUGAAAUAUUUUACAAAAAUGAGCAGCAAGACAAGAGAAUUUGUCUCCUGGAAGAAGAAAUGAGGAAAUACAAUUUGGUUAUUCGAGGAAUUCAAGAAGAAAAGGUAGAUAAUUUGAAACAGUGGGUUUUAAAAUGGAUUAAUGAUCUUGACACGCAAAUUACGUUUACAAUAACAGAUCUGGCAAAUGUUUUUAGAAUUGGAUAUAGAAGGCAAAAUGGUUUCAACAGGAAUGUGCUUGUCAGGUUUGCAAAUCUUAGUGAUAAGCUGGAAGUUAUGGCCAAGGUGAGAGAGAUGGGAGAUGCUUUGAAGUUUGAAGGGAAGACUAUUCAAGUCUUCCCGGAUAUAUCAAGAGAAGAAAGGGCAUGGAGAUUUUUUUUUAAACCAAUUACAAAGGUUUUGAGAGAUAACGGAAUUAAAUAUAAUUGGAGGCUACCACAACAAUUGAAAUUUUUUUAUAAAGGAAGGAUGCGUACAAUUACCCCGGACAUAGAUGCAAUACUAUAUUUACAGGAGCUUGGACUGAUCAAGGAGGAGGAUUUAAUGGAGAUAAAAGAUCAAAUGCUUAAGAUGGGUGGAAUACUUGUGGAAACAUCAACUCCAGAAGAAGAAAAAGGGGCUAUUGGGGGGCAAGACCCUAAAGGGUUAAAGAGGAAAGAAAUCUCACCUGUGUUGGUCGAACAGAAGAAAAGUCGUGAGGAUACAGCAGGAGAAGAAGCAGAUAAGAGUCUUGGAAAAUACGAAGCUGAAUGCGGGAGAGAGCUACCACUUUCUUUUUUCUUGAGUGACGAAUUUAAAUAGACAGCCCGAAAGAAGUGACCCGGACAUUGGCACGUCCCCUCUCCCCCAUUCUCUUUAUAGAGGUGAAACCGAUGAGGAUGUGGGGGAAGAAGAUUGUUUGUUUUUUAUUGUUUGUUUUGUCUUUUGUCUUUUUUGUUUUUUUAUUGUUUUUUUUAUGUUAAAUGUUGGUUAUAUGGGAGUUUAAUGUUGGGUUUUGGGCACAGAAAGGAAGAGGCGGGGAUAGGAUUGAAAAAUUUACAGUUUAAAUGGGAGUCAUAAAAAUAAUGUCAUGGAAUGUGAAGGGUACAGGGAAUCAGAUUAAAAGAAGAAGAUUGGAAUUUAAGAUUAAAAGAGAUUUACCAGAUAUUUUAUUUUUACAAGAAACCCAUCAGAAAUCUGAAGAUUCAAAUAGAAUGUAUAUAAAAGGUAUGCAAAUAUAUGAAAAAGCAUUUGGAACUUCAAAAGCCAGAGGAGUUGCUUUUUUCUCUAAGAUAUAUAAUACAUAUUCUAGAAUUGAUUAUAUUUUUCUUUCUAAAGAUUUGUUGAAUAAUGUGGACAAGGUAGAUGUGGGAAUUUUUAAAGAUUCUGAUCAUGCAGAAGUUAUGGUGGAUUUAGAUUUUAAUUUUGAGAAAAAAAGAAGUUAUUGGAGAUAUGAGGAGAAACUGUAUAAAAAUGAAAAGGAUAAAAAAUGGAUACUUAAAAAAUUGGAGGAAAGUUGGAGACUAAAUGAUAAUGGGGAGGUUAAAUUUGAAAUUGUUUGGGAUGCGAUGAAAGCGGUGUUUAGAGGGGAGAGUAUAAAAUUAUCAAGUAGGAAAUAUAAAAAUUAUAAAAUUAAAAUGGAAAGGGAUAAAAAUCAGAUUAAAGAAUUGGAAAAUCAAUUUUUGCUUACUAAAGAAAAAAAAUUCUUGAGGAGCUUAAUAUGUUAAAACAGGGGUGUGAAAUUUGCAGCCCAUAGGCUGGAUGUGUCACACACUGGCCAUGCCCACCCCCAUUUUAGUGAAGGGGGAAAAAGUUGUGAUAUGUCACAUGAUGACAACUUGAUGCCGUGAGUUUGACACCCCUGCUUUAAAAAAUAAGACCAAAAGAUCUAACAUCUCCCUUGGAAGGAAAAAAAAAAAAAGCCCAGUGUUAGCAAAAGAUCACAAUGUUGCCUCAGAGACAUGAUAAUGAUGGCCAUGACUCUUUGGCAUCAAAAGCCAUUUCAAGAUAUUUAAAGCUCAGGUUUCCAUUCUUUUUUCCUGAAAGCCAUGAUAACUGAAUAUAACAGAAUUGCUCACUGUAUAUGAUUGAUUUCCUUCCUCUUUUGAGCCCAACUUGAGUUGGUAUACAAUGGAAGCAACAUCUGCAUUUAAAAGGAUGGAUCCCCUGCAGACUACUAGUUGGUAAUGAAGAAACUGGGGUUACUGAGAGUUGAUGUCAUCAAAUAAAUAUAUAGAUUGAAUAAGGAAACUGCCAAAAUUCAUCGUUGAUGGACCCCGCUCUGCAUGUUUAUUGCCUCUAAUAACAUUAUUUGCAGGAAGUGUUUUAAUACAAAUACUGGUAGUCUGAAGAAAAAAAAAGAAGCUGUUGCUUGUCAAUCAGCAUAUUGCAAAGUUUUGUCUACAGCAUGGGUGUCAAACUUGCCACGUCACAUUGUUGUCAUGUAACAUAUCACGUUUUUCCUCUUUGUGGAGCUGGCGUGGGCGUGGCUUGCGUGUGACGCAUCUGGCCCGCAAGCCGCCAAUUUGACAUCCCAGGCUACAAGAUAUUUCUUGAGACAUAUUCAAAAGAAAACUGAAAUCCAGAAAAGUCAUGCAUAGGAAGGUUGCAGUUCUUGUAUAUGCUUCUGGGUGGGAUGAUGGAAAACAAGUAUGUAAAUUGAAGCCAUUUUUUUCAAUAAUUUGCCUCAAUCCAAUCCUGAAAUGUAAUAUUUGGGCAUAUAAUUUACUGAUUUAUAUUGGUAAUUAGCUGGAUCUUAUCUGUUUUCUUUUUUAUACAUGUGUAUGAUGCUGAUUAUCUUCCCUGCCCAAUUCUCUACUAUCACUUUGGUUGAUAGUUCUAAGCAGAAAAGCUUGUACUGGGGCCCACCACUUGGGAUUCAGUUUUAUUGCUUUUGGCAAAACUUGGUCAAUGCCUGGAACCUUGCCUGUCUUCAGAAUUUGCUAUGCAUUUCACACGGGACUCUUCUGUCAAUAAGCUAAUGAGGUGAUUAGAAAUUUUAGUAAUUCAAUGUAGUUGUUGUAUGCUUAUCAUGCCACUGGAUAUGUCUUCUAUUAUUACAAUUCUGUAAUUGUGUAGGGGAGUGUUUCUCAACCUUGCUGGCUGAGAGUUCUGAGAGUUCUGGGAGUUGAAGUCCACACAUCUUUAAAGUUGCUGAGACUGAGGAACACUGAUGUAAGGUGUAGUUUGUCUGGCAUGGCCAACUCUGUAUUCAGUAGUAUUGUUGGUAUUACUGGGAAGUCAUUCCAAACAUGACUUCUUUUUCACAUUGUGUGGUGAAUGAACUAUACUGUGGGAAGCCAGUAAUAGUCAACAAGUGGUUCAUUCCCAAAAGGCUUAUUUGGCAGGACAGUCCCACUGAUGGGGCCAUUUAAAAUUUAAAUAGAGAACUGAUACAAGAUUAAACCUCAGGUCUUUAGCAACCUCAGAUCUUUGGGUAAUAAUGAAGUCUCUAACAUUUCUCCCUUUGAGCAAGACUUAACUUCUAAAAAAGUCUGGUCAUUGGCAUUCAUUCUUAAAAUCUUUGACUUUUUUUGCUUAACAUUAAUAUUGGUUCAAAAAUUGCUAUUAUUGUAUGAGCUGUAAGCAAAUACUACCUGAGUAUAGAGUUCUCAUCUGGUGCUAUUUAUUAAGGUCCAGUACCUAGCACAAAGUUGAUUUCUUUAAUGUUAUCAUUAAUGGCAAUGCCCUGAAAAAAGGACUGAACAUUAAUAAAGGAGAAAUAUAAUAUUCCUAGAUUAUGGAUCUGCUGCAAUGGUGGUAUUCAGCUAGUUCUAUCCGGUUAGGGUGAACUGGUAGCAGCGGCUGUGGGAAGCUACACCCACCCGGCCCGACAUCUUCACGUCCCAUAUUUGAUGCUCUGCGCAUGCAUGGAAGGCCCUGCACUUCCACAGAGGUGGUGCAUGCAAGAGAAGUGAGCACGCACAUGUGCUCACAUUUGCAAACCGGUAGCGAAGGUAAGUGAAUACCACCCCUGAUUUGCUGGUUAUGCUGCACAGUGGUGAAAUGUGUUUUUUUUCCUGCCAGACAUAUGCUCCUCUAAUAAGAACCCCCAUCAUGAUAUAAUAAUUUUUGAUACAUUUCCAAGUGGAAAAAUAUAAAACAAGUAUCAGUCAAAAACAGUUGAUUUCUAAAGUCCAGUCAGCUACAAGAUUAGGAGGAGUAUUUAUAGUUUACAACUUUGUUAUGCAAAACAUGCACUCUGCCAUCUGAAGUACAGUCUUACUUCUGUUAUCAAGUUAACUUAAUGGCUUAGUAGCAAAAGUUGUUACCAAAAACAAACAAACAAAAAAUAUUGAGUCCCAACAGUUUUCUUAGAUAUCAUUCUGUAUUUAGAUAUAACUAGACAUCUAGACAAUCUUGUUUCAAAGGCAUUUCCAUACCAGAUUAGCAGAUUACUCAACAAUGGAAGAGCUUCUAAUAUACUGGGAAAUUCUUUUUAAAAAAGGGGGGGGGGGAAUUAUUCAGUGAUGUAUCUAUCUUGAAAGUAGUCCAUGUUGAACUGUUUACCAGAGACAAACAUCAGCAGUUGACCUCAGGAAAUGUUUCAUGACAUUUUGUAUUAUGUCAUAAAAUGCUGUAUGUUAAUUUUUAUGUCAUAAAAUGGUUCAUAAAAUUAAACUUCAAUACCACAAGAGUCAUGGGUCCCAUAUUUUGGACACAUUCUGCAAGUUAGUCCAUUUGAGGUACCUUGGUUGAAAAUGUUCUGCCCUAUAAUGUACCAUUUCACACAGUUAAAGUUUGUAGACAUGAAAAUUUUAGCAGUGUACAGAUGGUUAGACUGUUCAGAUACCAUUGUUUCUUUUUUCACAAACAAUUCUCCAAUAUUAAAAGGAAAAAAUCAUCCACAGAUCCUUAACUUUUGUUUAAAAAUUAUUAAAUACUCUGGACAUUAAUAAAUUCUGUUUAAAGUCCCAUAACAACAAUACUGAGUCUUAUUUUUUAAACACCACAAUAAUUAAAAGUAAUCUUUAUGGGUAGUCUUCAACUUUUGACCACAAUUGAGACCAGAAUUUCUGUCACUAAGAAAUGUGGUCAUAGGGCAUCACUAAGUGACAGCAUCACUUGGGGAUGGCAAUCCUGGCACUUCCUGUUGCUAUCAUUAACUGAGAAUUACAACUUAUAGAGUACCAACUCCAAUUGAAGUCAUUCCAGGCUUGGUCUCUCCCAGCUCAAGCUUUGGUAAAACUCGGCCUCCUCUUCAACUCCCCCCACUAUCUGCCCCACCAUUCUGCCCUUUUAGCUGCUCUGCAACUUGCCUUGCAGGAUGCCAAGUAGCUCCAAAACCGCAUGGCUCUGGGUGGCUUGCUGUAUUACAGCUCAGGGACUUCUUGGUGUAUCAUACCUCUAGGAUUGCAAAAAGCAGCAUUGUGCAAAGCCACAGUGGCCUGGAAGACCUCAGCCACCUCAGUCCAGUUCCUGUUGCCUUUGCCAGCCUGCCCUCCAAGCUCCCUGCUGUUCCGCACUCUGCUGCCCGAGCUGACCUUCGCUCUUUUCUUGCUCCCACUGCUCAUGAGGGUUGCCUCCCCUGGCCCUUCAUGAGGCAGCUGCUGAGCAUGUGAGACCAUCUUCCCAAAUCUCACAAGAAACUGCCAUGAACAAUAUUCAGAAGAAAGUCUUGUGCAACCAGGAGCUACCUGGUGUAUAAGGUGUAUAAGAGGCACCUUUUUACCCCCAAAAAGAGGGUGAAAAUCUGGGUGCAUUUUAUAUGCCAAAUGUAGUCCUGCCCAACCGCCUCCCCCCACUCUUCGGAGGUUGUCGGCCGAAAAUCUUGUGGAAAGCGGCUGCUGUUUCGGCAUCAACAUAGCCACGGUAAGAGCGCUUUUUGCGAGCCAGGCUGCCCGAAUCCUUUUGAAGAAGCGGCGACAACGCUCGGCUCUGGGAUAGCCAACAGGCCUCCCCUCCAGCUCGUUGAGCAUGGGAGCGCCUAGAGCAGAUACAGCUACAGCAGGCGCGCUCGCUUCGAGCCAGUCUGCCUCAGCUGCUGUUGACAGCCUACGACACUACUAAAAGGCAACGUUUCAGGCAAUCGUGGAGGAAAAAGAGUGUUGCCUCCCUGCAUGGUGUUUUCUGCAUUUUUCCCCCUCAAUUUUCCGAAGCAAUUUGCAAAGCCAUGCACCCCCCUCCUUUUCUGUAAAUUACUUCAGAGAAUUGAGAGAGAGAAAAAACGCCGGAAAACGCAAUGGGGGAGGAAAAAGAGUGUUCAUGUUUUCUUCCCCCAUUGCCUGAAGCGUUGCCUCCCUGCAUGGCAUUUUCCAGUGUUUUUUUUUUUUCUCAAUUCUCCGAAGCAAUUUGCAGAAAAGGAGGAGGAGGGCACGCGGCUUUGUUGAACAUGGCCCAGCCACGGCUCUCAUCCACUGCGUAGGGCAACGGGACACGCAGGUGGUAGGCAGCACGACGCUGUGAGUCCAGCUAGAGUUCCUGGCCACGGAUCACCAACUGGGCCUGGGCGGCAGAGCUGAGCAACGGCAGUUCAAUGGUCAUUACCAACCCGCGGGGGAUUGGCCUAGGUGCCGAGUCCCGGCUAUUGCAAUAUCCCUGAAGGUCCAUGUAGGAGCGGUGACGGAGACUCCACUGUGGAGUGGUGGCAGGUGGGGCUGGUUUGGGCGGAGGGGGUCUUGGAACUUCAUACUGCGGGAUGGGAGGCGGAUAGACGUAGGGCGAAGGGAAAGGCAGCAAGGGGGAAUUGUCUGGGUCUCCAGCCUCUUCUGGGGGCGGUUGAGUUCCUGCGGCCAGCAGCAUCUGGACCAGUGUGGCCUGCGGGAUGCCCUUAUACUUGAUGCGGUUGAGGGGGACGGCGUUGGUGCGGUCCAGUUGCUGGGAGAAAUUUCACCAGGCGGCGGAAUUGGGUCAUGUGGCCGGCCAAGCUCAGGGUGCGCGGAUGGAAGACAACGUCGUAGACCAGGCGGUGUGGCCCAUGCAGCUGUUUGCGGCUCAGUUCAUCGCGGCCCGGCGCUAAGGAGUAUGGCAGUAACCAGCAGGAACCUUCAGGAUCUGGCCGAAGCUCUGGCCUCCCGAUUAGCUGGUUGCUGCAGAUGUUGAUCCAACAGUGCCGGCUACCAGCCUGGCUCAUGCGCAGGACUCAAGACAUAAGUAUUUGAUACAUAUGUAUUUCAUACCCAAUCUGGGCUGCAAAAAUUUGAACUGCUGAAAUCUUUAUGUACUCCUUUCUGGGGUCACUGGACUUUGAAAGCACAGCUAGUGCAGUCCUUGUGUUUUAUUGUUUUUAAAUAACCUGCAGGUUCCCCAAAUAUUUCUGAACUCCACUCCCUGUCAAAUCCAACCAGCAUUGAUAGAAAUAAGCAAACUAGGAACUGCCUUUUUACAUAAUUAAUAUUAACCAGUUAAAUAUUAAUUGAUCUUAAUUGUGAAUAGCAAUCAUAUUAAUUAAAUGAG